GGGUAGAGCAGCCUGCCGGUAAGACAAAGAACCCCGCAGAUUACCAUCAAUACGACGCCGAGAAGGAGGGGGACUGGCAGGAGGGGAGAAUGAGCGAGCCUGCCGACGUCCCAAUAUGGACAACAAAGAUAAGGGAGGGUCAGGUCUCAGCCGGCGUGGGGAAGAAGAAGAAGAAGAAGAAGAAGAAGAAGAAGAAGAAGAAGAGGAGGAGGAGGAGGAGGAAGGGGAAGUAGAAGAAGAAGAAGAAGAGGAAGAAGGAGAAGAAGAAGAAGAAGAAGAAGAAGAAGAAGAAGAAGAAGAAGAAGAAGAAGAAGAAGAAGAAGAGGAAGAAGAAGGAGGAGGAGGAGGAGGAGGAGAUGACAAAGAAGAAGAGGAUGCAGGGAAUGAGGGAGGAGAAGGAGACGGAGGGGGAGAGGGAGAGGAAGGCAGAGGGGAAGCGGAAGGGGAAGGACGGGGAGAAAAAGGGAGAGUCGUGGUGCCUUGCCAGAGUUGGCUGGUGCUUCGCUGAGUUGCUGCCCGCUGCUGUGUUCCGUCUGUGGGCAGUCUGCUUUCAACAAGGGUCAAAGGGUUCAUGCCCCAAACCAUGAAUACAGGGAUUCCGCAGAUUAUAAAGGGUUCAACCUCCUGAUGAGUCGAAAAUUCAGCCUCCUGAUGAGUCUGUGCAACCCCGACGAAACAGUCUAUCUUCUCCGCAUAUGGGGGACAGCCACUUUUUUCUUUUUAACUAUGCUAUCACCUUCUCUCAGUAUUGUAUCCCCAGUUUCUAUUGCUUUACUUUUUCUUUUCUUUUUUCAAAUCUUGCAAAUGACCAUGCUAAUCUUCUUUCUCUGUAUCAUUCCAAUUUCAACCGAUGUCCCAAAGGACUAUUUCAGUAUUUCUUUAAUUUUUAUGUUUUUCGCUUGCUGUUUUUUGGUACUUGUACUUUUCUUGUCUUCAGGUUGGUGUCCUUGGCCUGCGUUGCGCUUGUACGUUGUCUGGUUGGUUCAACAGUUCAGUGAUACUGUCGUUCCCCUAUUUCAACAGUUCGAUGAACAGAAUAAAAUAAUUCCAAAUAA